GUUCAGUCGAUACGCAGCUAUCAUCGGGAACGGACGCGAGUCGUGAGCUGUGCGUGAAUUGGUUAUUAAUUAUUUUUUUGUUGUUUUUUUUUCUCGUUUCUUUUUUCCGUAAGAAUACCGGAAAACGUCGGGAUUCAAAGUCAAUCAAUCGAGUUGAAAUAUUGAAAAAAAAUUAACAAUCCCUCCAAUUUCCCACCGAGUCAUGAUCGGCGCUGGGGGAAAUUCGCCGUUUUUCAUUUUCCUCAUCUUUUUUCUAUCCGUCAAAUCCGCAGACCCAAAAAGGUUUCUCGCUCAGGCCUUGACCAUCGAGCCCAGCCACGACAGGCCGUGCGUCGUUGGUGACGCUUGGGCCGAGGAGUGCGUCAGCUGCGUUUGCCUCGAGGGUGGAAAAGCCUCGUGCAAAUCGUCCUUUUGCGCAACGCGUCUGCGACGCGAGCUGGACGAUUGCAAGGAGGGCGAGAUCACCCACGUGGAGUGCAACACGUGCCGGUGCAAGAACAACACGAGGGUUUGCACGAAAAAUGAUUGCGGAAAGGAGCGUCAGCCGCACGGUGGAGCGAAGCAGAAUCACGCCGGGAGGAGUUACAAGAAACGCGAAAAAAGGGCGAGACGCGUCAAGGGAUAAAUGGACUCGCCGAGAGACGCGGUUUUCGAAAUCGAACGGCUGUAUAAUUAAGGAGAAAUUCAGAAAGCUGCGCGGUGAGAAAUUGUCGCAGAAAAUGUUGCGCCUGUUCGUCGUGAAUUCCGGGAAAACUGCUUCGUCGAUUUCGAUUAAUGUUUCAUGAAAAAAAAACAAAUAAAUUGUAGGGUAUUUAGACAUGAUACGUGAAAUUUUUCAAGCUUCCACCACUUCCGGUUACGGGAUAGCGAAUAUUUCAAUUUUUCAACAAUUAUUACACGCAUCCGAAUUAUUACAGAGAAAUGACUCGAAGGAUUUGGACUAAAUUUUAGCGAUCAAGUUUUCCGUAUGGAAACGUGUCGCGAAGAUUUUGAUAUUUUCAGUACUUCUAAUUACGCGUAUUCUCAAUUUCAAGAAAACGGCGAAGUCAGAGGAAUUUUAAGGGUGAAUGAAUCCGGACUUUUUUUUUAAUUCUCGACGAGUAUAAUUCGUCUAAAAUGUCUGCAAACACAUCGAAGGUUAACUUUGUGCUGAUUAUUAUACUCAAAAUUAUGAAUAAAUUAUGCAAUGAAGAA